AUGAUGAUUCCAAGCAAUCAUGAUACUGGUGAUAAUGCAUGGAUGAUGACAUCCACUGCAUUAGUUUUACUUAUGACACCAGCAUUAGCUUUUUUCUAUGGUGGUCUUGUUGAUAGAAAAAAUAUUUUAAAUCAACUUUUUCUUUCAUUUAUUUGUAUGGGUAUUGUCUUUUUACAAUGGGUUUUAUUUGGUUUUUCAUUCGCUUAUGGUCCUCCGAUUAGUGUUGGUUUUGGAUCAUUUGGAUGGUCUGUUUUACGAUUUGGUGAAUAUAACAAUGCAAUCUAUAGUCCAACAUAUCCAUUAUUAACAUUUGCUGCAUAUGAAGGUACAUUUGCUAUAAUAACACCAGCUCUUAUUUCAGGUGCAAUUGUUGGUCGAAUGAAAUUAAUUCCUUAUAUGAUAUUUAUUUUUAUAUGGACAACUGUUUGUUAUGAUCCAAUGGCUCAUUGGGUAUGGGGUAAUAAUGGUUGGUUAAAACAUUUGGGUACACUUGAUUUUGCUGGUGGAACCGUAGUACAUAUUUUAUCUGGUGUAUCAGGUCUUGUUGCAUCAUUAAUUCUUGGUAGACGAUCUGAUUAUGAUCCAUAUAGUACUACAGCUCAUAAUCUUCCAUUUACUAUAUUGGGUACAUGUUUAUUAUGGGUAGGAUGGUCUGGUUUUAAUGGUGGUUCAUCUAAUGGAGCAGAUGGUUUAGCUGCUCUAGCUAUAAUCAAUACAAAUGCAGCAGCUGCUAUUGGACUGGUGACAUGGGUAGUUAUCGAUGCUAUUCGUGGACAUGUAUCUAUUUCAGGUGCUUGCAUUGGUCCAAUAGUAGGUCUUGUAGCUGUGACACCAGCAUGUGGAUUCGUUCAACCUGGAUGGGCUUUACUCAUUGCUUUUAUUGCAACAGUUAUUGUCUAUUUUCUUAUAUUAAACAAACAUCACAUGCAUUUUGAUGAUACAUUAGAUGUUGCUGUUGUUCAUGGAUGUGGAGGUAUAUUAGGUGCAUUUAUGACUGGUUUAUUUCCUCAAAAAUCGGUCAAUCCACUAAUGGGUACUGAUGGUGCUUUUUAUGGACGACCAAUUCAAAUAUGGUAUCAAAUUGCUGGUAUUCUUACAGCAAUUGGUUUUGCUGCUGCAUGUACUGCUGGUAUUCUUUUUCCUUUGCAUUGGAUUAUGGGCAUUCGUUUGGCAAAAGAAGAUGAACUUGAAGGACUUGAUCUAACAGAGCAUGGUGAAAAUUGGGAAGUGACCGCAUCACGAGCUGUUAGUGAUCUUGUGCAAAAAAUUCUAGAAGAACAAGGUAUGACGAAAGAAGAAGCUGAAGAUAAUGGAACUUUGGAAUUACAUUACAAUCCGGAAAAUCCAAAUAAAAAAGCAUUUAGAGUUCCUCUCUUGAAACGACUAAAGUCAAGUCGUUCUCAAAUUGAUAAUGAUCCAGUAGAUAACAUUCACCUAGAACACAAUCUUAAUGAAAAGGAAUUUGAUCACGAUGGAAUUAAUAGACAACCAAUUAAUGCUCAUAUUAUUCGCUUUUAA